CCUGGUAUAUACCCUUCGUUUCAUUCAUAUACGCUUUCUUUGUAAAGAAACAUCAUUUUUCUAGCCCCUUUAGCAGAGGCUUGAUAUCACUCAUUACAACCUCAGAAGCAAGCACAGGAUCGCCACCAUGAGAUUUCUUCUGUCUUUUCUGAUUACCUUGUUUCUCGCCUGCGGCGUGCUUUCACUUCCAUCGGGCUCAAAGUCUCAACUUAAGGGCAGGUCCUUUAAGGUAGAGCGGGUACGGCGUGGAAAUGAGCCUGUCCAUGGCCCAACAGCUUUGCGCAGAGCAUAUGAGAAAUUCGGUAUUGUCCCAGCGGACCUUGGGAUUGAUCUGGAUGAUUUUGAACCCAUAGCGGUAAAGAAUGCUGUUGUAGCGAAGAAAGAUGUCACCGAGCCGGACCAAAAAGGUGCUGUCAGUGCCGCCUCAGUCCUGAAGGAUGCUGCAUUUGUCUCUCCCGUCACCAUCGGUGGUCAAAAGCUUGUCCUAAACUUUGACACUGGCUCUGCCGACUUUUGGGUGAUGAAUACAGAGCUCCCCAAAGAAGCUCAAACGGGUCGUACAGUGUAUAAUCCUUCUAACUCUUCUACAUUCAAGAAAAUGGAGGGAGCUACUUUCAACAUCUCUUACGGCGAUGCCUCGUAUGCGUACGGUGGUGUGGGUACGGAUACUGUCAAUGUUGGGGGGGCCAUUGUCAAAGACCAAGCCAUUGGCAUUCCGGAUACGGUAUCCAGCGCUUUCAUUGAAGACGCCACUUCAAACGGUUUAGUGGGACUGGGAUUCUCAUCCCUCAACACCGUUAAGCCUACGCAGCAGAAAACCUUUUUCGAUAACAUCGCCGAUAGUCUGCAGGAGCCUGUUCUGACAGCGUCCCUCAAAGCCAACGGCGUUGGCGAGUACGAAUUUGGCAUACUCGAUCACGACAAGUACCAGGGCGACAUCGCAAACGUGAGCGUGGACUCCUCCAAAGGAUUUUGGCAGUUUGAAUCGGCGAAGUUUGCUAUUGCGGAUGGAGAUAUACAAAACAUCAAAGAAAGCCCUACUGCUAUUGCGGACACCGGAACCUCGCUCAUGCUGCUCAGCCAGGAAGUGGUGGACGCCUACUAUGCAAAGAUUGAAGGUGCAAUUUAUGCCAGCAGUGCCAGCGGUUACAUUUAUCCCUGUAAUGCCUCGCUUCCGAGUAUUUCAGUUGGGAUAGGAUCUAAGCAUCUGGCGACCGUUCCAGGCAACCUGAUCAAUUUCUCCGAGGUUGGCAUUAACAAGACGACCGGCGGAAAGGUUUGCUUCGGAGGUGUUCAAUCUAACCAAGGGUCCUCGAUGCAAAUCCUCGGCGAUGUGUUCCUGAAGGCCUUCUUUGUGGUCUUCGACAUGCGGGGACCCUCUCUGGGAGUUGCAACUCCCAAAUAGUUCGGAUACGUUCGCUUUUGGUCACAUUGAUCGACAACUACUGGAAGAUAGAGUAUAGAAUAUAACAUUUCUGUAUACACAUCUCCUCUUUCUUCAUCAGUGGGUUAGACCCGAGAUAAGAUCAGAUUGUGGACCAAAGGAAGUGAAUUGCGAAUGAUCUCUAUUGCCCAUUAGCAGGAGCAUAUCGUCACCAAAAAAUAGAUUAAAGUUGACAAGGUUUAAGAGGAUCUUCACCAAGUACCGAGUGCGUAUACUAUCAUUGUCAUCCGAAGAUUACUUUAAAUAGUAUGCUUAAACAAACGCUGUUUCGGAAUGCUGAGUCAUUGAUUGAUCUCCUAACCGAAUUUGGUUAGGAGCUCUAGAAGCAGCAGAAAAAAUGAAAAGAAAAAACACGCCCUUGAACAGCUCGCAAGUACA